GAAGUCGCUUGCCAUACUUAGGUCCUCUCCGGAGCAAGCGAUAGCAUCUUUGGCGUGUGACAGCGCACAGUCAGAUGAUCUUCUCCGUCCAGUGUUCAUGGGGUGUGCGACCAAAACGCGAAAGUCGUUGCCAUCUCGUUGGGGUCGCUGCAGCGCUUGAUAGCCCUCAAGGCUGUACCACAGUCUGUUGUCCCACUCAUCGUAAGCACGAUGAACGAUGCCAUGAGCCAAGGCGUGGGCAUUCAACUUCGGAUCCUGCAAACUUUGGUCUCCUUGAUCACUAAUUUUCCUUCGAUACACGAAGAGCUCCUGGGAGAGGCAUUGCUUCUCUGUUUUAAGCUGCAGGAUUCUAGGAUCGCGGUAGUCUCUUCAACAGCAGCAGCCACCCUACGCCAACUGGUCAUGUUUAUCAAUGGUCAACGAGGAUCGUCAACGAGGAUCGUCAAGAGAACGACAACACUGGAGCUGUCUGAGGCGACGUUUCUGAACGGUAGCACCAAAGCGUUAGGGCCUUGUGCCAAGGAUGCAUUCCCUGUCUCCUCGCAAAUUCAGAGAGACCCAAUCUCUUGAAGCUCGACUGCCUACAUCAGACCUUCGCCUUGGAGUUAAUUGAGAGUGUACUCACGAGCUACCACGAGCUGUUCAGGAAGCAUGCAGAGCUUUUAAUGUUGCUGCAACACGACCUCUGUCCA